CUGAGAGAAUGUUAAUCUUGUGUAAUACUUUACGAGACAGUGUAACAAUGUUGUCUAAUUUAACACACUACACCUUUGAUAAUUGACAGGUACGCACCACGCUGGAUUAGCAUAGUGAGGCCGUGACGAGGUAGCUAUGGACGCCGCACAAUUCGCCCACGACAGUCCGGAUUCGUCAUCGGAACUCUGUCAAAACGACAUGGCAGGUACCACCGCGGGAUAUCAAACUAAACUCCGAGGGUUGGCUCAAACAACUAGUUUGAAUGAAUCCAUAAAGGAGAAAAACCCGUACAACAUUCAAGCUUCUGAUGUAUUGGAUUUAAAUGAGUCGGUUAAUGGUGUCGUAGGAACGAUUGACGAGAGAAUCGAACAAAAUGCGACUCCGUAUUUCCCUAAUGAUGAAUCAAAAGGAUCUCGAAAUAAUGACAUAACCGGUCAAAUGUCAAAGUGCGAAGGAAGUUCUACAUUGCUGAGUAAUGAUAAUGAAAAUGGUAGUUUGGAAAAUAUGAAUCUGAUUGCAAUGGACCGUGUGAAAUGUUUUAAAGAAAGUUGUUCUGUCAUAUCAGAGACAGAUGAAGCGGAAGACAAUAGUUUUCAACCGAAUGGGAUGUCAGGUGAUACAGCCCCUAUUGGAAAAGGAUUGGCCUCCUCGAAGCGACGGAGAAAAACGUGUGGGAUGCUUGAUAACCUACCGUGUGAAAUUCAUAGAAAAUGUAGAUAUCCAUGAAGGGAAGGAAAGGAUGACCAUGAGAAGGAACUCCAUGAUGGUUUUUAGCGGAAAAAGAGAAAGUCGCGACUCUGUGGAAUCUAUAGAAUCCCGAAAAACAUCUAUUGCCGGUAGUAGGAAAUGUUCUUCAGAACGGCAUUCCGGGCCCUCACUUCGCCGUGCGAGCUUCGCAGUGCCCCAGUUUCUAAAGCGAGACAGCGACGUUUCAGAAAGUGAUUUUUAUCGACGGACGAGCCAUGAUGUCAUAAAAAACGAAUCGACAAAGGACAAAAUAGAAAUUUUAGAAUUUAUGAAAGAUGUGUCAGCUCGCUGGAAGAAAGUUAAUGUUAAAUUGAACGUACCCGUCCAGGAAGUUCGGAACGGUUCUGAAGCGGUUAGAUUUACGUACCUAGACGACAUACAGGCUGCUCUUCAAGUUCUUCUAGGCGCACGGGAACCAGUCGUCAUCCUCAAGUCAAGGAGAAAACCCGAGAUACUUACGUCUUCAACUGACGGUCAACACAGGAAAGGUCCAGAGAAAUUCGAAGUUGACGAUUCCAAAUACUUGGAUACAGAAAAACGAAGACUACUGGACAAAAUGCCUCCUCAAAACGAAAUACCAAGCAACAAUGGCGUCCGACGUUUGUCGAUUAGUGACGUCAUCAACACAAUGAAGUCACAGCCAGACAACUACCAGAGUCAGAUAAAUGCGUGCGUGGAUAUGGAGCGAUUCGCCGAUGACGACGACAUCGAAGUUUUAAUAAAGAAACAGGAAGCGAUAUCGUUUAUGGUGGCAGCCAUGUCUAAGUUCAUGGAUAAAACGGAGCUCCUCCUUGCUGCCUGUAAAACGCUAGUCGCCUUGUCAACAAACUCAGAGGCCAGUUGUGUACAGAUGUGUCGUGAGAACGGGACAUCUACCCUACUACAGGUCCUCCAUACCCACGGCGACCACAGUCCGCUCUUAAUCUCCGUCCUGGAAAUACUCGGCAACAUCUCGCUCACAGAGGAACUUUCCGAAGAAAUUGUUAAGAAAGCGGGCCAUUCGGAAAUCCUCGCAAAGAUGUCAUGCCAAAGGAAUGACUAUAAUGUCGCCAGACUUUGUUGUUUUAUUCUCGGAAACCUCGUCAACAAAGUUGAUGUUGCUCAGUCAAUCAUGUUUGUUGGCGGUGUCCACUGCAUCAUCGAAGCUCUACGAAGUUUCCCGAAAAAUGCCGAAGUUUUGGAGAAUGGCUGCCGAGCACUUGGCUGUUUUUCUGCGCAUGAUGAGAUUUGCAUGGACGUUGUUAACGCAGGCGCAGUAGAAGCAGUCUUGGUUGCUAUGACAUCAGCGCCGGAAGUUGACACACUACAGGAAUGUGGAUGUUGGGCAUUGGCUUGUCUUACCAAAUUUGAGGAAGCUUGUGCCAACAUUUGUAAAAACAACGGAAUAAACACUAUAGUGGCGACCCUCGAGAGGUUCCGAAAGGAAGAGGCCUUACAAGAAUACGGUUGCUGGACAAUCAGUAACAUUUCAGCUCACGAACAAACACUUCAACACGUGGUCAACCCCAGAGUACUCAGCGUUGUCAUGGACACGAUGUGCCAUUUCCCAGAAAACUUAGAAAUACAACACCAAGUAUUCUUCGCCAUUGGUCAAAUCGUAAUGAUGUCAAGCGAGAUGCAGGAAAAGCUAGUGAGGACUGGAGGCGUGCGAUCUGCUGUCAACAUUAUGACGUCAUUUCCGGACAGUUCGGAACUUCAGGAACAUGGUUGUCGAAUUCUAGGGAAUGUCGCUGUGAAUGAACAACUCCGGAAAUUGAUAGAGAAUGACGGAGGAUCUAAGGCAGUCGUAUCCGCCAUGUUGACCCACGAUCGCCAAGAACAGAUACAGACAUAUGGAUGUAUGGCGUUAACCAACAUCACAGCAGACGUGCCGGAAAACAAAAACAAAGUGGCGGCAAAUUCUGGCGUAUCUGCGGUACUGGCAACUAUGAAGGAGAUGGAAACCAAUACAGACAUAGUGCUCUGUGGCCUGAAGACGUUAUGUAAUCUGAUGGGCGGAGACGAUUCCAGUUACUAUUUCAUGGAAGAUGAUGGUCUGGAGGUUAUGGAAUCUGUUAUAUCUCGCUAUAGAAAACGUCAUGAUAUCCAUAGUUAUGCAUGCCGUAUCCUCGCCAGCGUUCCUUCGGCUCCAGGGUUAGACGACUCCUGUCUAGACACUACUGAAGAAGUACUGUACGAUGCAAUACAUCGUUUCCAAGGCGACAGUGACCUUCACCUUUCACUUUGUCACUAUUACGAGAACCUCGUAUUAACAGAUUCUGGCAGGUCCCGAUUUACUGCAGGCAAAUAUCUAGACAGAUUAGCAGAAACCAUGACAGUCUUAAAGGACGACAAGGCGGUCCAGAUGUCCGGUUGUAAGACGAUAGCAGCUAUCUCAAUGUACAAAAACAGUUCAGUCCAGGAAAGUGAGUUAUGUGCGAGCCUCGUUCUGGAUGUGAUGAGGAUAUUCCACGCAUGUAGCAGCGUUCAAACUGUGUGUUGUGGCGCCAUUUCCUAUCUCGUAGAACACAACGAAAAUCUACGGAAUUACAUUCAGAAAAAAGGAGGAAUGGACGUAAUGAUGGCAAACCUACGCGAGCAUCCUGGAGACGAGGGUCUAGCAGUUGUAGGGCUAAUGGCAUUAGACAGCAUCACUCACAAAGGGAUCACAGAUUCCAAUCGAUUACAGAAUGAAAUUACGUAUGUCAGUAGCAUGAUGAGGCGGUAUUCAGAAAACGUGGAACUGCAGACUUAUAGCUGUAACAUUCUUUCAGCAGUCGGCAAAGAAGGUAUCCUUUGGUGUGACGCGACAAGGUCAGAAGCGCUAGAACCAAUCACUUGUCUUCUAAAAAGGCGAAGAUCCAAUCCAGAGCUAUCGUCGACUGCGUUAGAAGUUCUGACUAUCUUAUUGAGCGGUGAGAGUGAAGACAUCAUAAGCGACACGAAGGAAAGGUUACCAUUUCUCGAUGAAGAAUUCUGGGAAAAGUGCUAUCGAAAUGUCUUGCAUAUCGAAUGAUAUUUCGUUUGUCAUUUUUGAACCUAUCUUCAGGUAUUUCCGCGAGUGAGGUUUUUGUAACCACUUCAAAAACUGUAAACGCCAUACCUGGGGUAUUUUUGUGAUAAUAUAAUGUAUUUAAGACAAUUAAUUGCCUUCCCGAUUUAUUUAAAAAAACCCGAGUUAAAAUCAAAUGACAUCUAUAAAUGCAAUUUAUUGCUGACAGGCGCAUCAGAACCUCAUCCGUGUGAAUCAGUCCAUAAACUCACACACUUUGGGAGUUUUAAACUGGAUUUGAAAGGAUUGUGUAUAAACUCUAGCGAGUAUCGGUGAGGAUGCCCGGGUAUAAUACCACUCGUCCAUUGAGUGUGAUCUCAAAUUGACCUUCAUAUUUAUAGAGCUAAGCAUAAUAAUAUUACUAUUUUGUCAAUAAAUCUACUCUGACAACUCAAUAUGAACAGAAGUUGUGAUGGUCUUUAACCAGUGGAGAUGGAGAGUUUUGACAGUACUGGUGCUGAAAAACCGUAAAACAGUAUUCUUAAGUAAGAAGGGAGUAUAAUCCAAAAAGCUUCAUCUGUUGAUGAAUUUAGUGUAGGCACUUGAUAAAUCAGAGGUAUCCUAUUAAAGAUAAGCUUGGAUAGUACAAGAAGACUUGAGUGGUAUGUACAUUUAUGGUGAUUAUGACUAAUGAACUUGCGUACGUUUGUCCUUCUACGAAUCCUAGGUAAUACUACCAGAACAAGUGCGGAGAAAGUUCGGAUACUAAUGAAUGUUAUAAAUAAGCGAGGACAUAUCCAUUGUAUUUAUCAGUAAAAGAGACGAGGAAAAAAUAACUUUGAACAUCAGAAGGACUGUAAUAAUACAUGAAUUUGUACAAAAGUGUAAUAAAGUAACAACUUUUG